UAAAUGCAGUGGGUGAAGUUGAACCUCAGUAGGCAGUACAGUGGGGGCAGGUCACAGGUGGGAGAAUCGUGGUCGCUCCAGUCACUUUGUGCUUUUAGACCAUUGUUUAUGGUCUGCGAAGGGUUAGCUUUUAGCUAAGGAUAGCUUUUAGCUAAGGAUGAAAUAAAAUUGUUUUAAUUUGUGGAGGACAAUGGGUUUUGCACAAAUCCAGGUGGGCAGGCUCCCUAUGACCACUACGUUACCAUGCUGAUCCACCACUUUGACAAGUUCCUGAAUUCCAAACAAAAGCAGCUUAGUGGGAAAAAUAAAAAAUUUGAUUCAGUCAGCAUAUCUCUUCGGGUCACAUUCCAGUUAUGUUUCCUUUAUGAGAUUAUAAAAGAAUGAUUAUUAUAGCUCAGUGGAUCUCCCAGGAUCCCUUGCUGGCGAUGUGAUUUCCGGAGAAGAAGGAACUUAAUGUUUUCAAAAGUUUCGUCGCAAUAUUGUGGCUACAAUGCCUGGUUUAAAAAUCUGCUGCGAGCCUUUGCCGCCGAAAUCCAACCAGCCUGGCUUGCCGCGUAGCCUUUUAUACAGUGGCAGUCGCUUUCAAGGGCAACAGAAGAGCAAGGGAAACAGUUACGACGUUGAAGUCGUUUUGCAGCAUGUCGACGAGGAAAAUGCCUUCCUUUGCGGAUAUUUAAAAAUUAUAGGUUUAACAGAGGAAUAUCCUUUGUUGACGACAUAUUUUGAUGGUGAAAUUAUUUGUGAUAAACAUCCAUUUCUUACGAGAAAAUGGGAAGCUGAUGAGGAAGUUGACAGAAAACAUUGGGGAAAGUUCCCUCCAUUUUAUCAGUUUGCAAAACAUUUUAACAGUGAUAACUUUGACUACACACAACUAAAUAAUUUGGACUUCGCUUUUAUGAGGUGGAAAGAACACUUUUUAGUCCCAGACCACACUAUAAAGGAUAUCAAUGGUGCCUCAUUUGCUGGUUUUUACUAUAUAUGUUUUCAAAAAUCCACAGCAACAAUGGAGGGUUAUUACUAUCACAAAACUUCAGAAUGGUAUCAGACGUUAAAUCUAUAUCAUGUUCCAGACCACAGUCAAUCUAUUUUUGAGUUUAGAUAACGACAUCUGCAAAGAUGACAACUGGUUU